AUGACAGCUCCACACUUCAGGGAUUUGUUACACCGACUAAAAAGGAGACUACAUGUAACUUGCAUUGAUCAAAAUGAUCUUGUGAAGAUCAUAAUUUUCUGGAAGAAGCAAUACUUCAGUAUAAAAGCUAUGUUGAAGACAAGGAUGUUUGCGUGGGACUCAGCAUCUUCAUGUGUCAUCGAUGGGCCGAUCGCUGGAGCGCGUGACUACCUACUGGCAAACAAGUUUGCAAUGAGACAUUGCAUUGAUCCAUGUCCUUUGUUUGAAAAAAUGAUGGAGGUUUUCGACGACGUAUCCCCGGAAGAGCUAAUUGAAAGUGUGGGCUCCUGCUCAAGUGGUGAUCCAGCACAGGACAUAGAUAUUAUCAAACUUUCUGAUUAA